UCGCGUUGGUUCGACGCAAACGAACCCCGGUGCUCCCUUGCGGCCGGCUAUUUUACCGCACCAGCUCUCCCCACAAAUCAGAUCAGAUCACACCACAGCCGCGGAUAGAGAAGGAAAAAUUUCCCCAAACCCUAGCUUCGGAUCUCGAUGGCGAACCCCCACGUCUUCUUCGACAUGACCGUCGGCGGUGCCCCAGCCGGCCGGAUCGUGAUGGAGCUGUACGCCAACGAGGUGCCCAAGACCGCGGAGAACUUCCGCGCGCUGUGCACGGGCGAGAAGGGCGUGGGCAAGUCCGGGAAGCCGCUCCACUACAAGGGCUCUACCUUCCACCGCGUCAUCCCCCAGUUCAUGUGCCAGGGCGGCGACUUCACCCGCGGCAACGGCACCGGCGGCGAGUCCAUCUACGGCGAGAAGUUCCCCGACGAGAAGUUCGUCCGCAAGCACACCGGCCCCGGGGUGCUCUCCAUGGCCAACGCCGGCCCCAACACCAACGGCUCUCAAUUCUUCAUCUGCACCGUGGAGACCCCCUGGCUGGAUGGCAAGCACGUCGUCUUCGGCCAGGUCGUCGAGGGCAUGGAGGUCGUCAAGGCCAUCGAGAAGGUGGGCUCCCGCAGCGGCGCCACCUCCAAGGAGGUGAAGGUCGCUGACUGUGGCCAGCUCUAGAUCUCUGGUCUGUCCGGCUGCCCUCCCUCCGUCAUCGUCGACUCCGCCUGCGUCCGUCCCUUUUCAUUUCCUUCGAUCUGAAUAAGAUGAUGGCGAUCUGAGUGGUGGUCUUAGUUGAGUCUUCAAGUCGUUUGUGUCUGUGUCCCUCGCGGUUUUAAUUUAGCGGUUUAGGUGUGGAUCUGUGAAUCCCGUGGCGCCUCUGCUUAAUCCUUGUUUCAGCUGUUAUGUUAUGGGAUCCAUGAUAAUGCUAUAAAACUGAAAUUCCGUUUCGUGCUUC